GAAGGUCUCAACACCAGCCCAUCUUUUACCUACCUUGCCUACCUGUUACCUAGAUAUGCAAACCUCGAAAGCCAUUCCACUUUCGCUCAUUGCACCAGGGCACUACGUGAAGUCGUAAACACCGGCGGCGGGCAUGAGCUUCGCAAUCGAAGUUGCGGGCGAAGCUGCCCCGUUGAAUCAGUGGGAGCUGGUGAAGGCGCUCAGUGCUGCUGGGACUUCGACCAACCAUGCCCAGAGGCAGUCGGCAAGCCAACAGCUCCAGACAUGGGAAACUCACCCGGAUUACUACACCUAUCUGCAGACGAUCUACCUUGACACAUCCCAGGACAAGCAGGUCCGCUUCCUCGCCAUUAUCCUCUUCAAGAAUGGCAUCGAUAAGUACUGGAGGCACAUAGCGAAAAACGCCAUCAAGCCUGAGAAGAAACAAGUGAUACGAUCGAGGCUGUUGCAGGGCUCGCUCAACGAGGAGGACAGGACCUUGGCGCUGCACAACGCUCUCGCAGCGGCCAAGAUCAUCAGGAUAGACUAUCCGGACCACUGGCCCGAAGCCUUCUCCACGCUUAUUGAGCUGACAAGAGCCUCAAGUGUCCAGAGUCCGUUGCAUCUGCGCGGCGCCUUGCUGGUAAUGCUCCGCGUCGUCAAGGAGCUGGCCACCGCUCGCCUGCGUAGAUCCCAAACUGCUCUGAAGGCCAUCACGCCCGAGCUCAUGCAACUACUAGGCACGAUCUACACCGAGAAAACCGCGUAUUGGCAGGAACUGUUCACAGGAGGGCGCGGCGAUGAGGCCAGCGCCGACUUCGCCAUAGAGAACAGCCUUCUGGCCCUCAAAAUCCUACGGAGGCUGGUGACCAUCGGCUAUGACCUGCCCCAUGAUGACGCCCUGGUUUGCGGCUUCUGGUCCCUGUCCCAGUCGCAGUUCGACCAGUUCCUCAGCGGUGUCAGCCAAAACUCAUGGAUCCCGGUUCCCUACCAAGACAUGGUCGGCAAGCAUCUGAUCCAGUUCACCAAACUCCACAUAGACAUGUCCGAGAUGCACCCGGCCAGCUUCCCGGCCCUGCCUAAUUCGAUCCCGCUGGUGAAGGCUUACUGGAACCUGGUCAAGGGCUUCUCGGAAGUGUUUGAGAAGUCCGGCGGCAUCAAGCAGACCUCGAGCGAGACGGCGGGCGGCAAUCCCAAGCACGAAGGGCCGCUCUACGAGAAGCUCGCCCUCAAGGGCCUUCUGCUUCUGAGGAGCUGUGUAGCUAUCGCACACCAUCCGGUGCAGACCUUCAAGUACAAGACCUUGGAGGUCAAGAAUCUGGAGAAGCAGGCUGUACAUACUAUCAAGACCGAGCUCCUGACCAGAGAGAUGCUUUUCGACAUGGUGCAGGUCAUAAUCAGCAAGCUGUUCAUUUUCCGCAAGUCUGACCUUGACGCCUGGGAAGAGGAUCCGGAAGGCUGGGAGUCCCAGGAGCGGAGCGAAGGCCAGGCAUACGAAUGGGCGGUCCGACCCUGUGCAGAGAGACUGCUGCUCGAUCUUCUCAUCCACUACAAGGAACUCGGUGAGCCGCUCCUGGCUCACUGCGACCUAGUCAGGAAGGUCGACAUGGACAUCGUUACCAAGGAGGCUGCGUAUUGCGCCCUUGGCUGCGCGGCCGCUGUCAUUCACGAAUCCUUUGACUUUGACAGUUUCCUAACGGCGUCACUAGUCAAGGAUGUGCAGAUCCAAGACCCCCUGGCCAAACUGCUUCGGCGCCGGAUAGCCAUUCUGCUGAGCCAGUGGAUCUCGAUCAAGAUAUCCCAGGCGAACAGGCCCUUUGUGUACGACAUCUUCCGCCACCUGAUGAACCCUGAGGACCAGCACAACGACGAGGUCGUCCGCAUAACAGCCGCACGCCAGCUCAAGUACAUAGCCGAGGAUUUCGAGUUCAUGGGAGAGAGCUUCUACCCCUUUGCUGCCGACAUCUUCAACCUCCUGGUCAAUCUGCUCCAGGAGCUAGAGAGCGAUGAAACCAAGCUGGCGGUACUCGAGACACUCCGGCUCAUCGUCAGCCGUAUGGAGACACACAUAUCCCAAUUCGGAGACGCCAUCAUGCUGAUGCUCCCCAGACUCUGGGAGUCUGCGGCCAGCGAGGAAUACAUGAUCAAGCAGUCGAUCCUCGCCAUCAUGUCGGCCCUGGUCUCGUCCAUGCGUGCCGAGUCCCAGCGGUACCAGAGCCUCAUCAUCCCGCUGCUGCGAGAAGCGAUGAAUCCCGAGUCACCGCUCCACCUCCAUCUCAUUGAAGAGUCGGUCGAUCUCUGGAAGGCGGUUCUAGUACAGAGCUCGUCUCCCCUGAACCCGGACCUCACACAGAUGGUGCAGCUGGCUCUGCCACUUGUCGAGUACGACACGGAAGUGGCGAUCCAGUGUCUGGAGAUCGUCAAGUACUACAUUAUUUUGGCACCACAAGACAUCCUAACCGACUCUCUUCGCCGCCCUACCCUGGCCGCGCUGGCCAAGACAUUGGACUCGAAUAAGCGGGACCAGUCACAGCUCGGUGCGAAGUCGAUGGAGCUUGUCAUUCGCCUGGCGGAGGAUCUCGGCGGUGCACAGGGCGUUUCGGUCGUGGUCCAAGAUUUACUUGAACUCGACGUGCUCCGGGCCAUUCUCGAAGGGCUGCACAGCGCCUGGGAGGCUGGCCAGAGCACAGGACCCAACCGGAAGCAGAGCAAAAUCAACACAAUCAAAGAAACAGAUUACUUCGCGCUGCUCGCGCGCAUCGCCCUCGCGGACCCGGGGGUCCUCGUCACGAUGCUUACCAGCUUCGGCAGCCCCAUCGACCGGGUUUGGUCGUGGCUCAGCAGCCAAUGGUUCGCUAACUUUGAUUGUAUGGGCGACAUCGAGCGGGAGAAGCUCUCGUGCCUGGCGCUGACGCGGCUCUGGGAACUGCCCAACCCCAUGCAGGAUCUGGUGCUUGGCCGCCUGCAGGAUUACCUGUCCAUGUGGACGAGUGUCGUCACGGAGCUGGCCGACGGGACCAGCGGGAAGCCGGCGGGGGAACAGGACAGUCUCGUGUGGACCGAAAUAGGGAGCUACGAGUACGACACGCCGCUAGAUGUGCACGAGCGCCAGUGUGCCUUCAAGGACCCCGUGCAUCGGGUCGUGACGUACGAGUUUGCUCGCGCUAGACUGGAGGCUAUGAUGCAGCGGGUUGGCGGGGAGCAGGUGUUUGAGGCGGAAUGGGCGGUAAACGUGGAUAGGGAGGUGUUGACGGGGUUUCAGAGGUUGAGUCAGCCUGGCGGGCAGGGUAAUGGGUUGUCAUAGGAUGAGUGCCUUAUUCUGCGCUCUGGCGAGACAAGCAUGCAGGAGGGAUGAUGG